AUGCCAAUCUGUAUCGAGUGUAGGCACCCUGUCAAGACACUAUGGACCAAAUACUCGGGCGCUGGUGACCAGUCCAGCGGACACAACAUUCGCCUAAGCGUCUGCCGCAAUUGCGGUUUCUUUUGCGACAAGUAUGUCGAGCACGACUUUGUCGUCAUCUUCAUAGACUUGGUCUUGAUCAAGCCGCAGGUCUACAGACACCUUCUCCACAACACCUUGAUGCGCAAUGGCGAUCGAUUCGAUCCUUCCAUCAUCCGACUGGGCAUCCUAUUGCUGCUGUUCGAUGUCUACCUGACGUGGGAGCGCAUCGAGAAACGGGCCAGUCCAGCCAUGUUCCCCGGCCGAGGCAACCUAGGCAACCUGGCCCAGCAGCCCAUUGCGGUACAAUACCUCUUCUUUUUAAUUCUCUGCGCAUUAUCAACGCUGGCAUUCCAUCUUAUUAUUCGAUUUCUCACCUGCUCGUCAUAUUCGCCCUUUAACACACUGGGUAUCAUGCCGCGAUACACACGUCCAAAUUCGGUCUCGACAGCACUGCUUUUAUCUUCCUACACAAAGCUGUUCCCCAUUCUCAUGGUUAUAUGGAAGUAUGACAUCCCUGCUGCAGCUAGGCCCUUGGGCUGGGCAGUUGUAGCAAAUAAUAUUGAGGCUCUGAGAAUUCUAUUGGAUUGUAAAUAUUACACGGCUUGUAUUCUUGCCAUGGCCGGCGCAACCUCGCGGUGGGCUGCGGGACGGUUUGUCCUUGUAGCUGCUGGCCUUGGCCAUGUUGAUUCCAUCAGUGAGAGCAGUGUCGCUGCGGAUGGGAGGGCUCUCUGGGCUUUGUUCUUGUUGCUAAGAGACUGGGCUGGUCGGUUGGCCGUGGGUUAA